AAGGAAGUUGUGUGUACAUGGAGAGUCGGCGGCGACUGAUUGUCGCGGUUCUCGUAGCACGCAGGUUAAGGCUGCUGGACACUCUCAACAAAAUGCAACGGCAGUCGAGCACCAGGCAUCAGCUAAAGUAGCAGCAGUAUGGCGAUCGGCGGCAAAGGUUGGUUUUCGUGGGCGAAGCCAAGCCGGAUUCCGGCGCGGGGCGUUCUUGGUGUUAUCUCUUUUUUUGGCUUCUUUGUCAACUACAUGCUGCGCGUAAACAUAAACAUCGCCAUUGUUUCCAUGACGGGGGGAACGGGGGGCAACACCACCUCCACUGCCUCCGAUAUAAUCUCCAGCGAAUGCAUUUCUGAAAAUUGGAAGUCAAUGAACAUGCUUGACAAUGAUACACUACUCAAAGAACAGAAUUCUGCGGAGAGUGGCGGCGCUGAGUUCCCAUGGAAUUCUGGUCAGCAGGGCAUUGUGCUGGGCUCGUUUUAUUGGAGCUAUAUCAUCAGUCUGGUGCCAGGUGGUAUGCUGGCCGAGAGGUUCGGUACCAAACUCGUCUACGGCGGCGCCAACCUCAUGCUGGGACUGGCAGCCCUUGCCAUCCCCACGGCGGCCAGACUUGACUUUAACCUGCUUAUCGCCAUAAGACUCCUUCAAGGAUUAGCAGCCGGUAUGACCUGGCCAGCCAUGCACUCGAUGACUAGCCGCUGGAUACCACCGCAUGAGCGAAGUAAAUUCGUCUCCUCCUACAUGGGUAAUGCUGUUGGCACGGCAGUGACAUAUCCUCUGUGCGGCAUUUUGAUUGACACCUAUGGCUGGGAGUCAGCUUUCUACGUGCCCGCGUUCAUCUGCAUCGCGUGGUGCGUCUGGUGGUGGCUGUGCGCCUUCGACUCGCCCAAACAGCACCCACGCAUCUCGCAAGAAGAACUCGAGUACCUUCAGAAAAACGUCGUGACAUCCAAAGAGAAGCUGAAACUUCCGCUCAAAGAGGUAUUAAAGUCGCCACCGUUCUGGGCACUAAUGGUGGCCAACACUGGUUCUAUUUGGGCCUUUAUGACCAUCAUCACCUAUGGACCGACCUACUUGAAGGUUGUGCAUGGCUUCAACAUCAAAGAGAACGGACUUUUAUCAGGUUUGCCAAAUUUGUCAAGGUUCAUGGGAUCACUUUUCUUCUCCUGGAUAAUUGACUCAAUGAUCGCCGCAAAUAAAUGCACCAUUACCUGCGCCAGGAAGGUGGCCACCGCAAUCGCUGAAAUUAUGCCUGCCGCUUUGUUCCUGCUAAUGGGCAACAUGGGCUGUAACGCCCCAGCUGAGGUGGCUGUUCUCACUGUGGCUUCUCUCUUCGGAGGCUGUGCCUCCUCAGGGCCGAUCGUCAACAGUGUCGACCUGGCGCCAAAUUUUGCGGGAACACUUAUGGGCAUGAUCAGUAUUGCUUCAAUGAGUGGAGGAUUUCUCGUGCCAUUGAUUGUUGGCUCCAUCAUCGAAGAAAAUCAAUCAAUGGCGCAGUGGCAAUACGUGUUCAUAAUUGCGUCGGUGUUGAAUGUAUUAUCUACAGUCGUCUUUUCAAUAUGGGGCAGCGGCCAAGUGCAGUCGUGGAAUGAGCCUAAAAAUGAGAGCAACGACAAGAAAGAAGAAGACGCAACUAACGAGCCACUGCAUGCAUGAAUUCACCACUGUCUGAAUGCUUCAUUAACUUGUUGAUAUUUUAUGUAUUCACUCUUGUUCCACAUGCCAGUAAGAUACUAAAAUGUUUUGAAUAAAGUAUAUGUUGAUUAAAAUAA